GUCCCUCGGGACGUUCGGCGUCAGCAGUUCUCUGGAGCACCGAGGAAGAGCAUCUUCUUGUGAAAACCCGCAAAGCUGUUCGAAGAGUACUCAAGAACUUGUUCACGGCGAUCUCGAGUUUCUCAGGAUGCGACGUACACGUCACAUGGUGUUGCCUGUGCGAUCCUGGCAGUACAUUGGACUUCUGAUAGUAUCGUUGGCGUGUCUGACGUUGGGACUGGUAUCUAGGGACAGGGAGGGACAUGCCGGCAGUCUGGCAGGGCCUGAACUCGAGCAUCGGGCUCCUCAUGAGAUGGAUGCCUGUCCGAAUUUGAAUCCUUUCACCGAAAUGCCUUCAUAUUUGUUCACAAAGUUGGAAGAGACUGCAAAAUUGGUUAAUGAUUAUGAAACGAGGGUAUCCGCAUCCAGAAUAUCAGCGACAACUCCAAGAUCUGUACGCUCUCGAUCACUGAAUCUCGAUCGUUCCACCAGACUCGCCUCGCAAGAAGCUCGAGGACGAUCUUCCACAAACCGAGAUUUGAGAGUAAUCGAGAGACUUUCAGGAUGGAGGAGCCGCUCUUCUGACAGCGAACCCGUCAACAAACUUCGAGAAUCCCGACUCAGGACGACCGCGCAAUCUCGCGGUGUCAGGAAUUCGAUUGAACCAACAUCUCGAAAGUCCCAUUUGCGCGAUCUCCCCAGCCGAGCGACCGAUCGUCGUUCUUUCGACCAGAGAUCAUUCAAUUUCGACCGUCGUCUUGCCGAUCGCAGUGCGAAUUAUCGAUCUGAGGAGCGCCGAACGCGUUCCGCAGAACGACGCGAAAUUAAUGAAGUCGCCCGCCGAUUAAAUCAUGUCGAACGAUCGCUGGACCGGCGAGACAGCAGUCAUCGCGAUCGCCGAGCACUUUCGAUCGAGCGUCGAAUUCCGGACGAAAUCACCCGCCAUGAAUCGCGCGAGACUUUAAUUAAUCGCCGAGAGUUUCGCGAUUCGGCACAUCGCGUUGAUCAACGAUCCGAGAUGCGCGAACGUAAAUCCCGAUCUGCCGAACGCCGUGAAGAUCGCAGAAGUCUCUUGGCUCGCUCAGUGAAAAUUGUAGGAAAAAAUACUGAUCAUAACAAUAAUUUGGACCGUCGAAACCGAGAACGAUCUUUGGAGAAUCGUCGUGCUCUUCUAGAUCGCGCUGCAAACCAAGAACGUAGAUCGCGAUCUUUAGUUGCUACCAGAGAUUCUCGUAAAGACCUCGCUAGAUCCGACGACCGUCGAUCUCUGUCUCGAUUGAUGGAACGUGCAAAUGAUCUUGCUCGAGAAACGUUCAAUAGGCGAGUAAAAUCGGUAGAGUCCAACGAUGAGAGAUCCAGGGAGCGUAGAUUGUCCUUUGAGCGUAGAUCCUUGACACGUCAUGAGAUGGAUCUCGUGGAGCGCCGAAAAAUAGAAAAUCGGUUUCCCGAUCGGAGAUCUCUCGAUCGAGUUCCGUCGCGAACUUCGCCCGAAGACUUACAUCGUGGUAGACUCAAUCGUUCGCAGAGGAUCGCGAAUGCGCGCGAUUCUCGCCAAAACGUAGCGAGUAGGAAGAAUUCUGAAGUCGAUUUCGUGCGGGAAGAACGAUCGCGUUAUAAUUUUAGGGAGAUCACGAGUCGAGAACAAAGGGAGAGGCUCGUUCGAUCCUCUCGUUCACUCGAUCCUCAUUCGGUGGAUCGACGAGAACUUUCGAGGACCAGAGACUCGACAAGUCCUGACCGCGAGACGCGCGAUUCUUCGGAACGACGAAGUCUGGUCAUGGAGCGUCGAGAAAGGGCCGUCUCUCAGAGAUCUCGAAGCUUGGAAAGAGGCUUUGAACGACGAGUACCUGAGAGAGUACCGGAAAGGCGAGUAUCUCGCAAAAGAAUCCUGAAAAAAUCUCAUGAACGUGUUGCAGUACGACGAAUUGUUGCGGAUUCAGCACAACCUGAUUCACGAAGAUCGUCUGAACGACGAAUUGACGAAAACUCGAGAUCGCGUGAAGAAUCCAGAAUAGCAGAUCGUCGCCUCGAACGAAGUCUGGAGUUGCGAGCUUCUCGUGGAAGGACUCUGGAGAAACGAUCUGCUCUUGACUCGCGGCGGUCGUCCGAGCGAAGAAUCGACGAGAGCUCAGGACUACGCGAAGGAUCCAGGAUGGCAGAUCGUCGUCUGGAACGAAGUCUGGAGUUGCGAGCUUCUCGUGGAAGGACUCUGGAGAAACGAUCUGCUCUUGACUCGCGGUGGUCAUCCGAGCGAAGAAUCGACGAGAGCUCAGGACUACGCGAAGGAUUCAAGAUGGCAGGUCGUCGUCUGGAACGAAGUCUGGAGUUGCGAGCUUCUCGUGGAAGGACUCUGGAGAAACGAUCUGCUCUUGACUCGCGGCGGUCGUCCGAGCGAAGAAUCGANGAGAGCUCAAGACUACGCGAAGGAUCCAGGAUGGCAGAUCGUCGUCUGGAACGAAGUCUGGAGUUGCGAGCUUCUCGUGGAAGGACUCUGGAGAAACGAUCUGCUCUUGACUCGCGACGGUCGUCCGAGCGAAGAAUCGANGAGAGCUCAAGACUACGCGAAGGAUCCAGGAUGGCAGAUCGUCGUCUGGAACGAAGUCUGGAGUUGCGAGCUUCUCGUGGGAGAUCUCUAGAGAAACGAUCUACUCAUGAUUCGCGAAGGAUCGAGGAGAGCUCCAGAUCACGCGAAGAGUCCAGGAUGACAGAUCGUCACCUGGAACGAAACCUGAAAUUGCGAGCUUCUCAUGGAAGGAUUCUGGAGAAACGAUCUGCUCUCGACUCGCGAAGGUCGUCCGAGCGAAGAAUUGAUGAGAAUUUGAGACUAAGAAAUAUUCUUAAAAGAGAUAUUAUUAGACAAUUACGUCAGAGAUCAUCAAGUCUGAAUAUCAAGGGACCGUCAUCGAAACUGACUUCUCUUCGUCAAGUCGUCAGAGUUUCUCGUGUUCCCGAGCAAAAUCGCGAACCACGUAGCUUGUCCGCUGAGAGGAUGCUUUCCAAGAUCGCAGACUACGAACGACUAUCCGCUAAGUGGGAACGAAAUUUGCAAAACACACGCGUCGAUAGAAAUGUAGAAAGUAGGAUGAAGAUCGUCCCCAAUUUGGCGAAGAAUGACGAAUUCUUGAAGUACCCUAUGACGUCUGACUUUAUUGGACAAGCUGUCGUCGUCGCUCUUUGCACCGUUUAUGGGCUUUCUCUCUAUAAUGGCAAGAAAUCCUUCCUUAGGAACAACGUAGUGGAACAGGUGCAACGUUUCAUGGUGUGGUAAAAGGGGAAACAACAGCUGGCUACCAAAACGGCAACGACAACCGCUACUUUCGCAAACCUGCUUUUACUAACUUUAUCAUUUCGCGAAUUAUAAUGUUAUGUUGCGAUACGUGUAAUGUGUCUAAACGUUCUUAGAAUGUAUAUUAAUGUACAGCUGGUAUAUCCUGUAGAGAUAUAGCGUGUAUCUAAGAAUAUAUAUUUUGUGCGAAUAAACAUAGUUUGAGUCAUAGAGUUAAAAAUUCGCCGGAAUGAUUCUUCGGAUAGGAACCUUCCUCUGUUUACAAUAAUCUUUCUUUUAUUGCUCCUUAAAUGUUAAACACACGACUAAUCCGUGUUGCGCUUGUACAAUAUCUCUCAGGUCUUGCGGGUCCUGAUAACUAUUCCGAGAUGUUAAUUAGAGACAUAUUAAUCAAAGUAACUUUUCAAUAUCUGCAAUAGCUGAGAAAAAUAUCGAUCCAUCGACGAAAAGAUUAACUUUAUUAAAGUUAUAAUUUUGUACAUCAUGUAUCGAGCUUAAAUCUACAUAGAAAAAGGAUGUGAUUAUGUCUCGACGUAACCGAGCCUCAGGAGAACGGCUAAUUGCUACGAGGAGACGCGGAUUUUCUUCGAAGUACGCUCUUGGUUAAAAUAAUAGAUACAAAAUGAUAGGAUUACAUUCAGUCUAAAUUUCAAUGCAUAUCAAUUAUCAUCUUACUGAUUCACAUUGAUUUAGAUCGAGAUUCAGGUUAAACUUUAUGUAAAGUUAAUUUUGUAUUCAUCGUUUUGUAUUCAUUACCUUAAACAAGGACAUCAAAGAUGCACACGUCUCGCGACACUGGCGUUCUCCGUUCUAUAGAUUCUUCAUCCCUGAAUCUUGGCCACGUCGAUUUGUGCGACGUGCUUGCUCGUUAUUAUUAUGAGCGCUUACAGACAUGGCUACAUUCGAGAUGAGAUCGUUAAACCAACCGCUAGGCUUGGCAACAGUAGUAAACUAGAGUGCUUAUACGAUUAUACAUGAUACAGCCGAGAGCGCAUCUCUUCGACUUCGUUGAUCGCGAACAAACGCCGAGAGUAUUAUCCGAAAUAAAUACAGCGGUUCAUUACCUUAACGCCUAUGUACAGCAAAGUUUCGAAAAAUCAUUCGUAAAAAACUAGAUAUCGUUUACCUUUGGAAGAAACUCUGUACGGAGAGAACUUUCUACUUGUCUAUUUUCUCUUCUCCUUCCUCAUGGGCAUACCAUACAAUUCAUCAUGAGAACGAAAUAUUGAUGGAUAAAAGUAAAAAAAAGGACUCAUACAAUUAUUUUUCUCAGGAAACAAUACAUAAAUAAAUAGAUAAAAAAAUACUUAUUCGUCAUAGAAGGUAAAAUUCGUUAAAAUUUGUAAAAAUUAAUUGAAAAACUUGGGAAUAUGAGAACCUAUAGAACCACUAACGCGGAUGACGUAUAAACCCGACUCAAACUAUGUUUAUUACGAGAAACUCUGUGAAGUCGUAGAAACUUAACAGGGCAUCACAACAUGUUA